GCAGAGCCACGUGGUGGGGCCGGGAAGCCGCGGCCGCGGAGCGCCCGGGCGGCUGCCCCAGCUGGGCAGUGCUGCUCUGCGCUGCGCAGCGCUCGGUGCCUGCGCUCCCUGCUCGGUGCUCCCCGCCAGCGGCCCCGGGGCAGGAGGCGCGCCUGGUGGCCGGCCGGUCAGACAAAGGAGGCGCGGCGCGGCAGGGCCAGCGCGCGGGCUCACGGACCAUGGACUCAGAGCGCCGGCGGCCCGCCCCAGCCCUGAGGACCCGGCGCUCCCGGGCCCGGCCCUAGGCGCCCGGCCCCGCCGCCCGGGGCGCCCAGCGGGAAGGACGCGGAGCCCGCGCGGCACCGAGGAGGCGGCGGCCGCCGAGCUAGAGGGUCGCAGCGGCGGACGGCCCGCGCGGCCCCUGGAGCCAUGGGCAAGUGCAGCGGGCGCUGCACGCUUGUAGCCUUCUGCUGCCUGCAGCUGGUGGCUGCGCUGGAGCGGCAGAUCUUUGACUUCCUGGGCUACCAGUGGGCUCCUAUCCUAGCCAACUUCCUGCACAUCAUGGCGGUCAUCCUGGGCAUCUUUGGCACGGUGCAGUACCGCUCCCGGUACCUCAUUCUGUAUGCAGCCUGGCUGGUGCUCUGGGUUGGCUGGAAUGCGUUUAUCAUCUGCUUCUACCUGGAGGUUGGACAGCUGUCCCAGGACCGGGACUUCAUCAUGACCUUCAACACAUCCCUGCACCGCUCCUGGUGGAUGGAGAAUGGGCCAGGCUGCCUGGUGACACCUGUCCUGAACUCCCGCCUGGCCCUGGAGGACCACCAUGUCAUCUCUGUCACGGGCUGCCUGCUUGACUAUCCUUACAUCGAAGCCCUCAGCAGCGCCCUGCAGAUCUUCUUGGCUCUGUUCGGCUUUGUGUUCGCCUGCUACGUGAGCAAAGUGUUCCUGGAGGAGGAGGACAGCUUUGACUUCAUCGGUGGCUUUGACUCCUACGGAUACCAGGCGCCCCAGAAGACGUCGCAUCUACAACUGCAGCCUCUGUACACGUCCGGGUAGCUUCUGCCCCGCGCCCACCCCGGCGCCGCUUGCUUUGUGGCUAGACUGACAGCUGCUGCCACGAGCUCGGGCCAAGAGGGCAGGCUCGCCCCCUGGCGGCUCGCCAACCAACUGCAGCCGGCUCGUCUUGAUCUGGGUCUGUGGCGGACUUGGACUUGGCCCCUCAGCAGCCUGGACUUCAGGGGUGGGGCGGGGCAGGGCGGGAUGAGGGAGGGGAAUCCUGGGGUUUGUAUUUUUUUUAUGGCGGCCUUGGCGUGCGCUGGAGCCUCCUUCCCUUCGCCAGCCUCUCCUCUUCACCCUUCAUCCAGCAUCCUGUCCACUGUCCAGAAAGUAAAGGCAGGACGGACAGACUCACCCCAUCUCACCACACUCAAUCACCAGCUCUGGGGAAAGCGAACUAGGAGCGGGAGUCCUGGGUUCUAAUCGCAGCUCCAUCACUGACUCUCUUUGUGACAUCUGGCAAGGUUCUUGCCCUCCCUGGCCCUCAGUUUCCCCACCUCAAAUAAUUUUAAAAAAACCUUAGCAGAUGGAGCUCUUUCUAGCCUUCUCAUUUGACUCUCAAGUCCCUGGGUUAAGCUGGGAUUAUAAUUCCUAUUUUGCAGAUAUGGAAACUGAGGCCCAGAGAUGUGAAGCGAUUUGCUUGAGGCCACACAGCUAGGCGCCUUGAACACAGUGUACUUUCUAUAGUUUUAGCCUCUAAAACCCAAAUAGUCUCUGAAUUCCAUUUUCAAGCCCCCUUCCAGCUUGGACACUCUAGAACCCAUGUGAUCAGCAUCACAUCUACAUAUCACCGCCACCGCUUGCCAACACCUCUCUUAAAGCAAUAUACCUGUUCUCUUUUUGGGAACCAGAUGUAUGGAGCCUAGAGCCCUGAAUUCAGCCUGACCCACAGGGAAGCCUUUCUUGACUCAGCUUCUGCCCACCCUUGGCAAACCUUUCAAGCUCUCUCCAGGAAAGGGGAACCAUAACUCACCACACCCCCUUCCAGGUCCCUGAAGCUGCUACACCCAUGAUCCCUUACUCCCUGUGCAACUCCACUAACCCCUGACGGCUGCAUCCACCUCACCAGUUGGAAGACCUAUGAUUUCAGAGUGGAAAAGUGCUGGUCAGCACUGCCUGUCACUAGUGCUCACAGAUCACUAGCAUUUAUGACCACUCCAAUGUCCAGAGGCAGAACGUGGGUAUGGUUCAUGGUGGUGGGCCAGCACCUUUCCUUGACAGCAAGUAGAGAUGAGAACUCAUUCUCUCCACCUCCUUCCACAGACACUCCUGCAGCCUAUGCCCUGGCUGUUGAGCCCAAGAGCCGGGGGAUCGGGCCUUCGCUUCCCAGUCUGUGAAACAGAGUGACCCUGGGUUAGGAAGGAGGGUAGGAGGCACCAGGGAACUAGAGGGAAGUGCAAACUGUUUGCACACCUGAGCCUGUCCGUGGUGACCACUUUCUUCCAUCCUCCAAGCUAGCAUUCCCUACUGUCUAAGGCCAAAAUAUCCUGAGCUAAGACCCCACACCACCAUCCCAACUGCAGUGCUGUGCCAAGGAGCCAGACCCAGGAGUUCCUCUGGUCACCACAGGCACCAAGGUCCCAGGUGGUCAGCUCAGUGAGCUGAUGAGGACAGCUCAAGAGAGGGACGGUUCCCUUCUUGCCUGGCUGCUGCCCCACCACUAGGCCAACUCCUGCCUCCAGCCCUCCCUUCUCCCACCCCCAGCCAGCUGUCAUCUCUCCCCCACUUCCCCAACCCCCUUUCUAAUCAAGGGGUUUAGCCACUGGUGCUUUGAAGCCUUUUGUUUUUAUAAGAUGGUUUUUGCAAGGGGACCAAGUUCUCACUGGGACCUUGCAAGGCAGGGAGUGUUCCCCUGGUUUCUGUGCAGGUGGGUUGAUUAAAGACGGUGUUUUCUUCUCUAUCUUCCUGUCCUCCUGCCCUGUGAGUCAGCAGGGUCCCUGCAUGAAGGUUGGCAGGGCCUGGGGGUCAAUGUCACUGUCACUCUCAAACAUUCCUAGGUGCACUGGCCUAUGCCUCAUGACUGGCUGUGUAGCUUUGGGCAAGUCACUCUCCCUUCUUUCCUUAUCUAUAAAAUGCAGGGGUGGGAUUAAAUGAGUGGGUCCUCAAACCAGGCUUCACAAUCCCUUGGAGAGCUUUCUAUUUAUUUUUCUGAUGAAGUACAUUUUCAGUUUACGCUUCCAAAUAUCCUUUGAAUUUUGGCUCUGCCCUCUUCCUGACAAUUCAGUUCCUGACUUGGGAAUGAGCUGGCAGACAGUGCUUUAGACACACAUUCGUGUGCCCCACCUAGAACAUCCUGGAUCCUUUCUGGCGAUACACCAGAAUCAGUAUUUUUAUUUUUUUAUUUUUUAUUUACUUUUGUAUACAGCCAAUAUGUACUUAUAAUACGAAAUUCAGAAAAUUCCUGGCC